UCCAUAUUGUUUCUUCGGAAUUGGAAUCUACCUGGUCAAGUUUCCACUCAUCACAUCUCAUUAGAUGAUGGCUGCCUAGUAGUGUCCCCACGCGACCCUAAAUAUGUUCUCGACUGCACACGUCACGUGUCGUCUGCUGUCAUCUUCCUGCAUAUAGUUCCACGGCAUGUUGCGUCAGUAAUCGGCUGAUUUGAUAUGGGUCGUCCAAAGGCAGCUCAAAAGGACAAGAGAGCCGAAAAGGCCAAAGUGAAACUAAAGGGUCACACCACUAAAUUCCUGCCUAAAGGUUUGAAUGUGACUAAAACCGCUUUCAAAGUGCGAAAGAUAGUCUUGCAACAGCAGAUAAAGACACACGAUGGAGACCAGCCUUUAUCCAAAAGGAAGCUUAACAUCAAGGAGGUACUGUCAAGACUUCAACAUUACAGUGCAUCACAGAGGCAAGAGGGGCUGGUUGGACUUACGGAUGUCAUUAGUCAGAUGAAUAUGGAACAGCUUCUAUCUCAUCUGUCAUCCAUUAUUGAUAGUCUAGGAAGAAUGUGCCUUGAUGACGAUUCUAAAGUCAGAAAACAGAGUGCACACAUCCUCACUUCUGUCUUUUCACUGGUGAAUGAGACUCAACUCCUCCCAUUUUGCGCAACUUUGGGGUCCUACCUCAGUUGCGCCAUGACUCAUAUUAAACUUGGCGUGCAAGAAGAUUCUCUGCUUCUUCUCGAUGCUCUGCUGGAAAAGGCUCCAGCUUUAGCUGCUACAUCUGUUCAUCAGUUAUUACCUUGUGUGUUGGACAUGAUAUCACGUUCAAGAAGUGAUCAUGCAACCCGUCAGCUUUCCAUUCAGCUGUCUAGCAACCUUGUAUCUUCAAUUUGGAGAGCCAAGGUGUUUGGACGACUUCAAGCUCUCCUUGUUGUCUCUAUAUCACACCGAAAAGAAACAGGUUCUCAAGAUACAAUAAUAUUGAAUAGAGCUUAUCAUACAGCCUCAACCUUAACAGUCGACUCUAAAAAGCAAUUCAAUUUCCCCAUUUAUAAUAACAUAAACUCUGUCCCAGUUUCUUUAAACAAAAUAUUCCGCAAGUCUUCUGUCACUACCAAGCAACUCUUGGAUGAUGUAACUCAACUGCGUGGAUUUGUUGAGUCUAUAAUGCCUCUCAUGCUGGAUUCAUGGAUGGAAGUUAAUCCCAUUUCUUCUAAGAAAUCAAAUCUGAAGACAGAAGAUCAAGGGCUUCAGGUGGAAACUGCGUUAAUUUUACAUUGUGUUUUGGAAAUAAUAGAACUGCUGUGGCAGCAUAUUAUUUUAUGGGACAAGAACAAUGCACAGCAUGAAUUGUCAGAUUGGUUCAAGGCAACAUUUGUGCAUGAUAUAAAUAGAUUUUUAGGGAAAGGAUUUCCAUAUUCUGCUAGAGCUACUUUCUCUAUUGAUGAUUUAGAAGAUGAAAGUCAAGGAGAAGGACGAAAGAAAAACAAGAAAAAUGAUGAAAGUAGUGCGGAGAUAUCAUUAUUUCAUUUAGCUUCUCCUUCUCUACUCAAGGAUAAAGAUGAGCUCUCUUGCACUCAAGGAAUAGCUAAAUGUGUUCUACAGAACUUGACAUUGAGUCAUCUGCUUUUAAAUAUAAACAAUACGCCUUCAAAAGAAGUGCAGGAGAAAAUUCUUAAUAUGCUAACAGAAUAUUUAAAUCAGUGGGGAGGUAGCCUAUUAGCCUGGUCAGACCAUCUUUUUAGAACUAUUCGAAGUGUCUUUGAUAGAAGCAGUACGUGGAAGGUUGAUUUAAAUCCCUUUAUAUCGGCUGUGGUUUCUCGCCAUAACCGGUCUGCAUCUAAAAAACAGGCUUCUCACCAGAAGUUUGCUUCAAAGUUAUGUGAUCUACUUGUUGAACUAUCUGUACAUGAAAACUUCCAGCAACUCCUUGGGUUUGAAAGUUUUAGAUUAUGGUUUUCACAACUAGCUCCUUCUUUGAGUAAUGGCAAUGUGACAAUUGACAAACUAUGUGUCUUAAAUCAAUUGGCUAGUCAAAACAACGCUGCCUUUCUUCAAGGGUUUCAGACUGCUUUUACAUCUUUAUUAGAUGCUGCCAAAAAUUUCCAACUUGCUGAAGGUGAAAAUAAAAGUGUGAAGGAAGCUGGAAUUGCAAGCUUGUUUUUCUGGGUAUCUGAUUGGAAUGGUGAACAGAUUGAAGCUUUGAAGACUAUAUUAGUUAGUGACAAUUGUUCUCCUUCCCUUGCUUUGAAAAUAAUCAACAUUUUAUUACUCAGGAGUGAAAAGUUCCCUGCAUUGGCUGCUGCUUCUUCCUGGCUGGUUGGUCGAAAGUGACAAGCAUCUUUACUCACGAAUUAUACCGCUCAUGUUUAGAACUAUCCCUCUUUUAUGAGUAUCUUGAUAAUAAUCAAAUUCUUUUCUUUCUUUGUUUUGUUUGAUAUGAUGAUGCCUGCAAUCAAAUACGAGCAUCCUUAAAUGAACUUUGUAAAAUUGCGACUUGAAGUCAAAGAACAGCAUUCAUUAAUGAACUUUGUAAAAUUGUGACUUGAAUCAUGGGAAAUAUAUUAUGGUUUUUAUGGAUUA